AUGGGAAGUACCCGAUCUGAUUCAUUCCCAAUCCUCGGGAGUGCCAACACCUAUGGUGAUGACUCGCCCGAACCAACCCCUUCAGGCUGUCAUGCUAUCGUCCGGAUCUCCUACAGAGAAACUGAAAACCCACGUCAUACUGAUUGGGAUCCCCAUGAUGAUGACUUCAGCUCAAACCUAGUCGAGGUCACCAUCCACAAUCUCAGCCAGGGCGGUACCAUCCUGGAACAAUCGAACUCCUCCGAUGAGAGCGAUCGACACCAUGACAUGGGAGCCACCAAGCUCGCUAACACAGCAGCUCCGUGCCUUUCUCUCUACGACCGUUACCAGUCACGUGGAGUUAGCCACAAGGAUGUUGACGAUGAUUACAUCAUCUUGCAUACACGUAGUUGCGAUCUCGGUGUGAACGGUCAUGAGGGGAACGGGUUUCGUGCUCCCAACAUUGAAAAACAUGACAGUGAGACAGACCCAAAGAUUUGGCUGAUUCAGUACCUUCCGGUCUACCUCACCGACUCCGCCAAAAACUGGCUAAACAACCUUCAGGAAGGCAUGAUCAAGCGAUGGGCUGACCUCGAGAAGGCGUUCUGUAAUCACUUUGAAGGAGCUUUUACUAAGCCAGGCACCUCGUGGGACCUCAUGGGAUGCAAAUGCAAGACCAGCGAGAGUCUCCUUGAUUACAUAAGGCGUUUCACACAGCUGCAAGAAUAA